AUGACAGAAACCAUUCAAAUCAAUGUUAGUGGAACAAAAUAUGAGGUUUCGCAAAGAACAUUUAUGCUGAUGACUUCAAAAGAGGGUGAUGCAAAAUUUGAACUUGAAAGUUUCACAGAGAAUGCAAACGACAAGAGAGAGUACUUCAUAGAAAGGAAUCCUACAUUAUUUACAGCUAUUCUAAGUUACUUUCAAGGGCGUGGUCUUCAUUUACCCCCAUUUACAUGCAUUGCAGAGUUCAAGAACGAGCUGGACUACUGGGGGAUUAGACCCCAAGAAAUGAAGCAUUGCUGUUACAGCAAAUAUGUCGGCUUUUUCGACGACCAGAUAGCUCUCUCAGUUCUGAUUGAUGACCAGACGCGAAGAAUAAACGAUCGCACAGAACUACAGCGUCGUGUUCGGACAAACGGUUGGUCCUCUAUACAAGCCAAAAUCUGGUCCGUUCUGGAAGAACCAUCUUUUAACAUUAUUGCAAAGGCAUAUUUGUGCACAAGUGCUCUUUUCGUGAUCAUAUCCAUUGCAUCUUUAGUAUGUGGAACACAUCCAACUUUUAUGAGAGGACUUCAUGAAUCAGAAUGGAAGGAAUAUUUUGGUGACGAAUAUUCCAGAUACGCAGGUCAUUUUGAUUCAUCUCUUGUGAAGCCCGGAUCUACAGUUCCACCAUUACCAACCAAGGUUAGGGCACAACUCGACUUCCUCACAUACCUGGAUGUUAUAACAACAGUCUUCUUCACCACUGACUUUGUCUUCAGAAUCGUCUUCUGUCCGAAUAAAAAACGAUUUUUAUUUUCGUUUUUGAAUCUUGUGGAUAUCUUUGCAUUACUGGUGAUGUAUUGUAAAUACAUAGUUGAAAAGGUCGAUCCAAAAGAAAAAUACACAGCGUCCAUCUUUGAUACCAUUCAUUGUCUUCAAAUUAUUCGUGUGUUUCGGCUUUUUCGUUUGGUGAAGAACUUUAUUGGAUUUCGAGUACUGCUAUACUCCAUAAAAGCAAGUCUCUACGAGCUCUUUCUGAUGACUCUCUUUCUUCUUGUUGCUAUGGUGAUAUUCUCCGCCAUUAUUUUCUUUUCGGGAGAUUCAGCUUUUACUAGCAUUCCGGAAGCCUUCUGGUGGGCAGUUAUUACCAUGACAACGGUUGGAUACGGUGAUAUAUAUCCUACGGAAGCGUUGUCUAAAUCUAUUGGGGCUAUAUGUGCUGUGACUGGAUUGUGCCUACUUGCAGUAAUCAUUCCAAUUUUUGUAAACAAUUUCCUCUUGUUUUAUUCAUAUUCGAAAGUGUGGGGAGGCAAAGACAUUGUGAAAGAAAAAAGAAAUCGUGCAGUAGAAAACGCACCAUUCACUUUAAAUGCAAAAGUGAGUCCUAUCAAUAGUGAUUGACGUAAAAAUAAUUUCUACUUUAUCCAUCUGAAGAAAAUGUAAAAGAUGUCUCUGUACUAAAUAAAUGUCUCUUUUGCAA